AUGUUUAGCGCUACUGUCAACAUCUGGUUGUGUUUUUAUGUUAGUGAAAAAGGACACAUAAUGUUUAAUGAAUGUCUUAUGUUUGAGGUGCACCACGGAGGUCGGUUUAAUAGGGAAAAUGGGGUAGCCUAUGUUGGUGGGGAUGUAACAAAUUACCCUGACCUAAUACCUAACAAGAGUCUAGAUGAAGGGCUACGGCUUCUGUCUUCUGACCAUGAUGUCAUUGAAAUAGUGGGGCACCACAAUGGUCAUGGAGUAGCAGAGUUAUAUGUGGUUGGGUUUAUUUUGUAUGAUGUACCUGUAGAUUUACCUAGAGGAGAGGAAAGUGUUGAUGAGGAAUAUGAAGAAGAAUAUGAGAGAAAUACUGUAUAUAGGAGAGAUCCAUUUUGGAAUGAGAUUCUAAGUGAUGACUUGGACGCCUUAGAAGUAAAUGCUGAUACGGGGUAUGGAGAGGCAGGAGCUUCUGUCGAAGGAGAAGAUAUAGGAGUAGAUCAAGAGUUUGUAGGAGAACCAUCACACGUAGUAGAAGAAGAUUUGGAAGCAGAAGUAGCAGUAGCUUUAGCUGCAGCUGAAGAUGAGUUUGCACAAGGUGUGGGUAAGGGUAAGGGUGUGGUUGAGGGUGAGGAUGAGCCUGUUUCCGAUGUGUCUCGGAGUGGUAUAUUGAUCACUCCCGAUAAUACUAGUGGAGAUGAUGAGCCGGAUUCUUCAAAAAGGCCGUGUGUCACCAAGAGGGUGCCAUUUUCAAAAUCUGAUUUUGAGAAGCCGACUCUGCAUAAAGGUAAUACUUUUGAUAGUGUGUAUGAUUUCAGAAAAGCUAUUAAACAGGCCAAUAUAUUGAAGGGGAAGGACUUAGUUUACCAAAAGAAUUCUAAAUCAAAAGUAAUUGCAGUGUGUAGAGAGAAGAAUUGUAAAUAUAGGGUUUAUGGAAGACAGUUGAAGGGUGAGGCCACAUUCAUGUUGAUUUCACUUAGGCCCAAACAUACAUGUGCUCGGAAAUACAAGAAUCAUUUGAUUACUUCCAAGUGGAUUGCUGAGUGGUGCUUGGACAGUUUUAGAGAUCAACCGAACAUGCCUAUAGAAGUCCUGAAGAAGAAGGUGAAGAAGAAAUGGAAUGUUGAAAUCCAUCCUAGUACCCUAUAUAGGGCUAGGAAGAGGGCACAAGAGGUGAUUUAUGGGAAGUUGGGUGAGCAGUACCAUCGUCUAUGGGACUGUUGCACGACAAUCAGAAGCACAAAUGUGGGGAGUUGUGUUAUUUUGAUGGUUGAGAGACCUAUGCCUGAAAUGCCAUGUAGAUUCCAAAGGAUGUACAUAUCCUUGGCAGCAAUGAAAAAUGGCUUCAAGGAUUGGUGUAGGCCUGUGAUAGGCCUUGAUGCGUGUUUCUUGAAGGGGGUUUACAAGGGGCAGUUAAUGGCAGCUAUUGGAAGGGAUGCCAAUAAUAACAUGUAUCCAAUAUCCAUGGCAGUUGUAGAGGCAGAGACCAAGGAUAGUUGGUCAUGGUUUCUUGAGGCACUAUUGGCUGAUCUUGGCCCCAGUGGUGUACGUAGAUGGACUUUUAUUUCAGAUAGACAAAAGGGUCUUGUACCAAGUCUUAUGGAGGUGUGCCCUAACGCUGAGCAUCGGAUAUGUGUGCGGCACUUGUACGCCAAUUUUCGGAACGACGGUCACCGAGGGGGUGUUACUAAAGGACUUGCUGUGGAGAGCUGCUGCAUCUUACACACAGAAUGAGUUCUAUGCUGUAAUGGAAGAGCUUAAGGGCCUUAAUUUGCCAGCCUAUGAGUACCUUUCGAAGGUUGACCCUGCAACUUGGUGUAGGGGAUGGUUCAACACAUAUGCAAAGUGUGACCUCUUACACAACAAUUUGGCCGAGUGCUUCAAUUCUUGGAUCACCAAGUUCAGAGAUAAGACCAUACUGGUAAUGUUGGAAGGCAUUAGGACAAGUUUGAUGAGAA